AUGUACGACUACCGACACAUCCAUCAAGGCAAAGAUUCUCACACAUUGGGCGGCAUUACCUGGAAGCUCUCCCAGUUGCGCUUUGAGAGGAUCGGCUCACUUUUCGAAGAAGAGGGGUUCUUCCAAAUGAAGGAAUGUCUCUCGCGUGGUCACAUCUUACAUGAACGAUACGAUCUGGAGACCUCGCGUGGGCCUUUCACUUCUGAGACAGAGUUCUGGGACAGCCUCAUUUCCGCGUUCGUGGAGCACGCAGAGGCUCUGCCGUUGUCGCAUCAUUGCUUCGUGGCACCUGUUCCUUCGCCCGAGGAUUACCAGUCCGGCAUGCAAUACAAGGGCGCUGUGAGCCUAUGGAACGACUUCGUGACCGUUGGACGCAAAUUAGACUCAUCAGAGAACAGACUGGAUUACAGCAAUGUCGGCAAUGCUCUUCGCGACAUUUUACAUGGUGGUCAACUUCCAGCCAUCAUCCCGGAGACGUUUCCCUUGUGCCACGCUGAUCUGAGUGUCAAUAACAUAUACGUCGAUGACGACUAUAAUAUCACGCGCAUAAUUGACUGGGCCUUUGCUUCAUCUAUCCCUGAAUCCAUGUUUUCAGACUUACGUACCUCGUUCACUGAUGGUUUUAUUGCUGCUAUGCCCGGCGCCGUCGAAAAGAGCUUGAUCAAUAGUUAUCGCGAAUCACCUGAUCGGGCCCACGUGGCCUGGAGCUUGAGUCGCCUUCUCAGCCUUGACUACAUUGCUGAUUACGACCUCUUUGCUACUGUUUGGCACUCUUUUCAGAAAGCACACUAG